AUGAACUUCCUCAGAUCGACUGCUGCCACCCUUCUCGACAAGUACACGCCUGUCAGCCAUACCUCGACAUUCCGCAACACAGGACAGAUCACCCCAGAAGAGUUCGUGGCCGCCGGUGACUACCUUACCUUCAAGUUUCCUUCGUGGUCAUGGGCCGAUGCCGAUUCACCUAGCAAGCGCCUCCCAUUUCUGCCACCCGGAAAGCAGUUUCUCGUUACACGACAUGUUCCCUGUCAUCGACGCUUGAACGAUGACUUUGCUGGCGACGCGGGCCAUGAGGAGGCCCUCGUGGAGGGCAAUAAGGGUGGUGCCGACGAUGACGGCUGGUUGCGGACCGGCAGCAUGACCAGCUCACAGCCCCUCAGGGUACGAGAGGUACGCACCGUCGAUGAUGCCGGCAACGUUGGCGAUAGAGAGGUUGUGGAUGAGGACGACAUUCCGGACAUGGAAGACGACGAUGACGACGAGGCCAUCAUCCGGGCUGAGGGCGAUAACUCGAACAGGCAAGAUAACAUCUCCACUGGGAAGCGUACCUACACCCUCUACAUUACCUACGCCAACGCCUACAAGUGCCCACGCAUGUACAUGUCAGGCUAUCUCUCUAAUGGGCAACCGCUCCCCCCUCAUCUGAUGAUGGAGGAUAUCGUCGGUGACUACAAGGAUAAGACAGUAACACUCGAAGACUUUCCUUUCUUCUCUCACAGCGUCAAGAUGGCCAGUGUGCACCCCUGCCGUCACGCCUCCGUCAUGAAGACGUUGCUGGAUCGGGCUGAUGCCGCUCUCAAGCUCCGCCGCGAGAAGAUGAAAGCCGGCCAGGGUUCGGGAAGCGAACAGGGAAUGGAGGGUCUUGUGGAUGAGAUCAACAAGUUGGACGUCAGCGGGGCGCAUGCGAAUGCCGUCGAGGCUGCUCCCGGCGAAGAUGCCGAGUGGGAGGAGGUUCCACAUGACGUCGCCGACCAGGAGGUGGCCAUUCGUGUGGAUCAAUACCUGGUGGUCUUUUUGAAGUUCAUUGCCAGCGUUACCCCCGGAAUCGAGCAUGACUUUACCAUGGGUGUUUAA